GGCCUUUGUGUUCCCGGACAGUGAGUGAGCCACCCCCUUCUCCCACCAUCACGCUGAAUCAUGACUGGUCCGACACCGCAGGAUGAAAUUGAUCGACAGCACGCACAAGCAAACAAGUUGGUGGAGCAGUCGCAACCUACACCAGCUGUUCGUGUGUCGGACGGCAAGGAAAUCGCUCUGCGCUACAAGACUCGUCCCGUAGACGACCUUCUAGCACGGGGGAGCGCCACCUUGAUCGAAUCUGCAACGAAUCCGCAAGACGACGACGAUCGGGAAGACUGGGUGGUCGUCGAUGAACACUUUCCCACUUGGAACACGCGUGGUUUUGUCGAUGUGACGGCCUUGCAGGACUUGGUUCGCGAAGGAUACAAUCAGACCGUCCCGGUGAUACCGAUGUCGGUAACAAAAACCACGACGACGACAGCAACAGAAAGCACGACGACAGGGUCGCCCAAUCCAUCCACUUCCGGUUCCCAAAAGCGCAAAACGUUUCAAGCCUCCGACGUUAAAUCCAUCACCAAUUUAUGGAGCGAACCCAACGCCGCCGUCCACAACGUCGCCAUCUGCCGUCCCUCGCACGAUGCCUGGGGUAUCAACAAAAUCGUUCUCGUCUUUUGCGACGACUUUUUGCGCGAUAUUUACGAACUGCCUUGGUGGCACGGGCGCGAUGACAUGCGGUUGGCCGUACAACCGAUUCUGGACGUUUUGCGCAUUCCACCGCAGCGGAUCGUCCGCAUGCUGCUGGCGUCCUUGCCACCUGGGGUGACCAUUCCCGUCCACCACGAUACGGGAGAAUGGGUCCGACACACACAUCGCGUCCACGUACCGGUUCUGGUGCAGAACCCUGAUCGGGUCGUCUUUCAAUGCGGCGUAGCCCUGGAUUCCCUCCAGCGCAUCCCCUGUACACCUGGUCACGUGUUUGAAAUCAACAACCAGGCGAAGCACGCCGUAUCCAACUGCGACACUGAUCACCGGGUGCAUUUGAUUCUCGAUUACGUUGACGCCGACUUUCCCUUGCUCCCCCGGAUUCUUCUCCGACCCGGUGAAAAACUUCUCCAAACACGGCGGUCGAUUGAUCGAUUGGAGAAUCGGGGGUCGCGUCCCACACCUUCCUUUUUAAUCCUCGGAGCGCAAAAAGCUGGGACCACAUCGCUCUACGAAUACAUCGUCCAGCAUCCUUUGGUGGUUCCUGCACGCCGUCGGGAAACUCACUGUUUGGAUUGGCGCUGGAACGAUAAACUCAAGUCCGUCAAAGCGCAACGCGCUUGGUGUCACAAGUUUUACCUCACCCAGGAACUGUCUCUCCAUCCGUCGUGUUUAACAGGCGAUUCCACACCAUCCUACUUGCUCGAUAGCCGUCGGGUAAUCCCACGCAUUCGCAACAUUUUCGACUGGCCCCUCAAGUUUUUCGUAAUGUUACGGAAUCCCAUCCGGCGGGCGGAGUCACAUUUUGCCAUGGUUACCAGUUCAGAGGGUACACCAGCGCAGCUAAAGGCUCGAGGCUCUGAAUGGCGAAACAAAACGUUCCGAGAGGUAGUGCACGACGAUAUGCGCACGAUGCAAACGCAUGGACUGAUCCCGUACUGGAAUGUUGACGACGGUGUUUUGGAUAUAGCAUGUUUUGAUACGUUUGUGGGUAGCCCAGAAGAAGACGCGGCGUACGAUAGGUAUCUAGCACAGGUCCCGUUACACACGGGAUCCCACAGUCUGAUCAGCCGCGGAUUGUACGAACUACAACUUCGACCCUGGUUCGUGGCGUUUGACCCCGCAGCUUUUCUGGUUAUGAAGCUCGAGCAUUUUCGAGAACGCGGCGUAACAACUGCUAUGGAAGCCGUUUGGAAGCAUUUGGAUUUGCCAUGCGUUUCGAUACAGAAUGAAGAAGCCAAAAACGUUCGUUCUUACGAUCCGAUCGCCGAUGACUCGAUGCAAGUCUACUUGGAACGCUUCUACGCACCGCACAAUGAGCGCCUGGUGAGUCUUUUGGGCGACGAUGCGUGGAAUCAAGCCUGGUGUCCAUAG